CUCACUGCGCACGCGCGGCCGUCGGCUUGGUCCCAGGUGGAGCUGCUUUAGCAGAGCUGGCGCCGCCGUGAGCCUUCGAGAUGAGCGCGGCCGAGGCCGACCGCUGGGCUUGGCUGCUGGUGCUCAGCUUCGUGUUUGGAUGCAAUGUACUCAGGAUCCUCCUCCCGUCCUUCUCCUCCUUCAUGUCCAGGGUGCUGCAGAAGGACGUGGAGCAGGAGUCACAGAUGCGAGCGGAGAUCCAGGGUAUGAAGCAGGAGCUCUCCACCGUCAACAUGAUGGACGAGUUUGCCAGAUACGCCAGGCUGGAGAGAAAGAUCAACAAGAUGACUGAUAAGCUCAAAACUCACGUGAAAGCACGGACAGCUCAGUUGGCCAAGAUAAAAUGGGUUAUAAGUGUUGCUUUCUACAUACUGCAAGCUGCCCUGAUGGUCACGCUCAUCUGGACGUACUACGCUGUCCCUGUGGCCGUGGUGCCGAGUAGGUGGAUAACUCCACUCGACCGCCUGGUAGCGUUUCCUACCGGAGUAGCAGGUGGUGUUGGAAUUACCUGUUGGAUUUUAGUCUGUAACAAAGUUGUGGCCAUUGUGCUUCACCCUUUCAGCUGAAAAAGAAGAUGAAUUUGGCUACAGCACUUUCAAACACGAAUUUUCACUUAGGAGAUUACAAAUCUGAUUUAUACUGUUUUAUUGUUUUUUGUUUUGUUUAUUUUUGUCUGUUUGUUUUUUUAAAAAAAGGAAACACAAGCCACAGGUUAGUCAUUGUUGUCGAACGUGUUUGUUCGUGGACUUCAUGUGGAGAUUCUUAGAAGAAUCGCCGUUCUGCCCAUUUGUCGUGAGCCGUGGAAGUCAGUCUCGUGUGUACCAGCCAGCAUGGUACCAGAUUUGUGAUAAGACGGGUGUGACAUUAUGGGCUACAUGUUGUUACUUGUGAUUUGCACUCUCGGCGUAUUUUAAAGGUCACAUUGCCAACUGGAAAGUCAAACUUUUCUAAUAACUUAAGUACUUUAAAGACUUUGCGCUAGUUUUAAUCCAGAUUAGAAAGUAACUUAAUUUUAAUACCACUACUAGAAUUUGAAAAUUUGUUUUUUAAUCUCAUGCAGUACUCCCGGGAGAAUAACACUAACUGACAUUGCUUGUGCUUUUUCCUUCCUCUAUUUAAAAUGUCAUUUGUUGGGCAAGCCUUUGGAUAGUAUUAUCCACUUAUUUGAAGCUGUUAACUUUUCAUUACUGUGUUUUAUAAAUGUAUUCAUGAGCCCAUAAUGCAUUGUUUUGUGUUUGAACUGUGUUUUAUAUUUAAUGUAUUUCAAAUGAAGGGUAUUUUUAAAGCAUUUAAUAUUUAUGCUCUGUAGAAUGGAACAAACUUAAAAAACAAACUGGGAAGCCUAAUUAAGUUAAUUUCAACGGCUACAUGUUUGCCCCGUCAAGUAUAAUUCUGCUCAGUAUUUUUAAAAACACUUUUUUCUAAUUACAAUUUUGCAAGUGCUUGUGUGACUUCCUUCCUUACGGCCACUUACUUGCUAUGACCGAUCGGUGGCAGAGGGCCUGAAACGUUCACUAAGUGGGCCACAGCCCUGUAAAGCGAACUUCUAGCACGAGUUUUUAAAAGAUCAUUUUUGUAUCCUUGUGUUCCCUGAUGGUAUGAUAGUACGUUCGUUAUUAUUUCUGGUAAUCGAGCUAUGUAGAGACGGAGCAUUGUGCUGCUUUAGUUGAUGGUCACUAGAGUGGGUUUUGGGUUCCCCUCAUCACCCAGACUCACCUGGCCCCAGGCUGUUGCAGCUCUGGGAGAGGAUGCAGAACUGGGAAUACAGCCAUAUUUUCAGCAAACACCAGUGUCCAGCGUCCAGUCACCUCACUGGUACGUUUUAGCCACAGAGGAUGAGCAGCCGACCUGCUGAGGACAUGACAGCAGCAGAAGGAAGCUUCGGGGUCUCGGGCCCCUUCGAGGCCACAGGCCCUCCGUGAUUCGUGAGCUGUGGCGUGAAUGGCAGGUCACACAGUCAACAGUCGGGUGGCCAGGUACGCGCACUCUGGAUCGUCCUGGGAUCACUAAUUGGUGAAAGUCUCCCUGACAAGACCCUUAUUUAUCUCCUAAGGACAUAUUCUUGCAAUUAAUACUGCAGGACUUUUGACAGAUUUCACUGAGGCUAGAGGAAAAGAUUUAUAAUUCACAACUGUUCACUCUUUCCACAUACAUUAAUAGUUUGUGAGGAUUAAAUAAGGGAAAUUUAAAUGUC